CUCGACGACGAUUGCUGGUCCGAGGUGCUCCCAUCGACGAACUAAAUCUUCCACGUUGUCUCUGUUGAGGCGAAAGGGCACCGAGGACGCCAUGUCUUCAUCCGACAGUGCCAGGCCCGGCGGUGCGGGCGCAAGCACGACGGCACCAGGAACUAGCGCGCCACAAACAACUUCCGAGGCUGUUGCACAUCAACAAUCGAACAAGAGCCACAGCUCGAAGCUCUCUGUUUCUGGAGCUUCCAUCGGCCGAGUACCCUCGAACACCCCCUCGAUAGCCGGUGGAAGGUCUCUCAAUCCGAAUGACAGAGGGACCUCGCUCGAAUCAUCCGUCAGGAAAUUCCGCAUCGUCGAGGCGUUACGUAACGGCGACACGGCAUUCAUCUCCAAGGCCAUCCGCGAAAGCGCCGACAACGGUCCUCGCAUGAGCACCUCCUCAUUCACCACCCCGUCAGGACCUCUCGAAGAUACCACAAUACUCCAUUUGGCAAUCCAGUGCGCUGAACAACCUGUCGUCGAGUACGUCCUGUCCGACGGCGCCGGCUCGCUCGAUAUCAAUGCGCGGGAUAAGGAUGGCAACACACCCCUCCAUCUGGCGGCGGCCCAGGGCAGGACGCAGGUCGUGAGGCUGCUUCUAGAGAACAAAGACAUCAACGACGCUAUCGCCAACCAUCAGGGCCGUCUCCCCAUUGACCUUGCCCGAAAUCCCGACAUCUUUCAACAGCUGCAACUUUCGAGGUCUUUGUUCGCCGAAAACAAGGUUCGGCAGGUGCAGGAUCUCAUCCUCCACGGCGAACUCAAGGUCUUGGAGCAGGUGUUGGAGGAACCGCGCUUCAAGACGGUCCUGGAUAUCAACAGCCCCGAGUUUGCUUCGGAACCGACUACGGUGCAAACGGGCGGAACGCUGCUGCAUGAGGCGGCACGUCGCAAGAACAGCCGCCUGAUCCAGGUCUUGCUCCUACACGGCGCCGACCCGUUCCGCCGGGAUCGCAAGGGCAGGUUGCCGCAAGACGUGACAAAGGACGAGAUCACACGGGCAAUGUUGAAGAAGUCGCCGGCUGCUGUGGCGGCCCAGAGGGGCAUCCAGGAGAAGGCCGUCUUGGGUUCCACGGCGCAAGGUGCGGCCUCGGCGACGCCCGGCGACCCACUUGCCGGGCGCGAGGCGCGGGAGAUGAAAGGAUACCUCAAGAAGUGGACAAACUAUCGCAAAGGAUACCAGUUGCGGUGGUUCGUCCUGGAGGAUGGCGUUCUCAGUUACUACAAGCACCAGGAUGACGCCGGCUCGGCCUGUCGCGGCGCCAUCAACAUGCGCAUAGCCAAGCUGCACAUGAGCCCCGACGAGAAGACCAAAUUUGAGAUUCACGGCAAGUCUUCCGUUAAAUACAUUCUCAAGGCAAACCACGAGGUCGAAGCCAAGCGCUGGUUUUGGGCCCUUAACAACUCGAUCCAGUGGACCAAGGAUCAAGCCAAGGAGGAGGAACGACAGCGGGCUCGCAACGCUGAGUUGCUGAAGCAAGCGAAAGCCGAGCACUCCCAUUUGGCCGAAACGCCAAGCGAGAACGCUAGCGUUGCUGAAACGUCGCGCAGCAGCAUACAGCUCACGCGGAUGCACUCCUCCGCUCGUGCGUCUAGCAAGAGCGGGGUCCAGGCUAGCGGUAGCAACGAUGACGAUGACCCCGGCGACGCCGCUACGGAGGCAGACAAGACGGAUCGCAACGGCGGCGGAACGGUUGCGGAGGACGACGCCGACGACGACGAGUAUGGCGAGGUGUCGAGCGGACAGGAUGCCCCCCCGGCGAGCAAGGACGCCUUCACCAUCACGGCUCAGUCAGCGAAGCUGCAGCUUGAGUCCAUGGCUAAUGUCACCUCUGCCCUGCUUCUCGAGUCUUCCAAGAACCCCGCACUCACCUUGUCUGAUCCCAAGACGUCGCAAGCUUUGGCGACCUACGACGCCGCCAUCCGCUCGCUCACCGGCCUCAUCGGGGACCUGCUCCGCAUCUCAAAAGACCGCGACGCAUACUGGCAGUACCGCCUCGACCGGGAGUCUGAGAUGCGGCGCAUGUGGGAGGAGAGUAUGGCGCAGGUCGCUAAGGAGCAAGAAGAGCUCGAGGCCCGUAUCGGCGAGGCCGAGUUAAAGCGGAGGAUGACGAAGCGCAUUCUUAAGGAGGUCGUCGAGAACGGCAUCCUCGAGGGCGGCCAAGUCCCCGCUUCGACCGGUCAGGCUGCUGAAGCGGCACUUCAGGAGGGGGCUGACACCGAGGCCCCAGCCGAUGGCGUGAGUGCGAAGUCGCCUCCCACCAGCCUGUCAAGGCGGCAGACUGUGAUGACCCAGAUGGCGGUCAUCUCGGACUCCGAGUCCGACGAGGAAGAGUUCUUCGACGCGGUCGAUGCCGGUGAAGUCGAAGUCUCGCAGCUUCCGCCCUCGGAGGUCACUACCUCCCAGGAGAAGCAGCAGCUGGUCAUCUCGGACGCAUGUGAUAUCAGCAGCUCAUUCAAGGGAUAUGAGAACGGGAUCCGUACGCGGUUGAACUUGGACGCGGAUAACCGGCCAAAGAUCUCGCUCUGGGGCAUCCUCAAGUCCAUGGUCGGGAAGGACAUGACGAAGAUGACGCUGCCCGUCUCAUUCAACGAACCCACAUCUCUCCUCCACCGCUGUGGCGAGGACAUGGAGUAUUCAGAUCUCCUAGAUCUUGCGGCCGAUCGGGCGGACUCAAUCGAACGGCUCCUGUACGUUGCCGCUUUCGCUGCCAGCGAGUACGCGUCUACCAUUGGUCGGGUCGCCAAGCCGUUCAACCCGCUGCUUGGCGAGACGUUCGAGUACGCCAGGCCAGACAAGAACUACCGCUUCUUCAUUGAGCAGGUCAGUCACCACCCGCCAAUCGGGGCCGCCUGGGCCGAGUCGCCGAAGUGGACCUAUUACGGCGAGUCGGCCGUCAAAUCCAAGUUCUACGGCCGCUCCUUCGACAUCAACCCCCUCGGCACCUGGUUCCUCAGGCUGCGGCCCACCCACGGCGGCAAGGAAGAUUUUUACACCUGGAAAAAGGUCACUUCCUCGGUCGUCGGCAUCAUCACGGGUAACCCAGUUGUCGACAACUACGGCCCGAUGGAGAUCAAGAACUGGACUACGGGCGAGGUCUGCCACCUCGAUUUCAAGCCCCGCGGCUGGAAGGCCUCGAGCGCGUACGGCAUCACGGGCAAGGUCGUCGACGCCAGUGGCCGCGUGCGCUUCAGCAUCGGUGGGCGCUGGAACUCGAAGCUCUACGCUCGCUAUACCCCGGGCUACGAGGCCACCAUCGACGACGCGGCGGCGGCGGCGGCCGACAAAGACAGCUCCGCUGGCAAGGGCGACAGCAUCACCGACCCCAACAAAGCCUUCCUCAUCUGGCAGGCCAACCCCCGCCCGGAGGGCAUCCCGUUCAACCUCACGCCGUUCGUUCUGACCUUCAACCACAUCGACGACCAGCUCCGCCCCUGGCUCGCGCCGACCGACUCGCGCUUCCGACCGGACCAGCGGGCCAUGGAGGAGGGCGAGUACGACUUUGCCGCGGCGGAGAAGAACCGGCUCGAGGAGGCGCAGCGCGCGAGGAGAAGGGCCCGGGAGGCGAAGGGGGAGGAGUUCGUCCCGGCUUGGUUCUACAAGGCCAAGUGCGAGAUCACGGGGGAGACGUACUGGCAGUUCAAUGGCGAGUAUUGGAAAGUGAGGGAAAGGGCCGGGCCGGGGAGGGAGGGGGUUUGGCAGGGUUUGGAGCCGAUUUUCUGAACCAAAAAAAAAAAUUAAAUAAGGUGCGGAGGGGAUGGACGGGUCUGGGUGCGAAACCUGUUAAGACGCACGGCGGAGGUUUCGCGGCUGCUGCUAUUGUUGUCGGUUGCGUGUUGCUUCUCGUUCCCGUAGCGACAUGUUGUUGGGGG